ACUUCUUCGAUCUUAACCCAUUUCUUCUUCUUCUUCUCUUUUCUUGGGGGAACUUGAGGAAUUGCCCAAAUGCAGGGAAUUCGUGAUGAGAGUUGCUCGAGUUGGGUUGCCUCUACUGCUAGUGGGGGUGAAUCCUUACAAUAUAUCUGUGAUUGUGGUUUGAAUGCUGUGGUGCGAACGUUGUUCAGUUACCAGAACAUGGGAAAAAGGUUUCGUGGGUGCCCUAAGUUGGUGAAUGAGAAUGAUAUUUUGAAGAACAAAAAUGAGACUUUGAAGAAUGAUAAUGGGUAUUUGGCAAAUCAGUGUGAAUUAUGGAUGAAGAAGAUGAAGACAGCUGAGAAGAAAUUGAAAAAGUUGGAUAAGGAUUACCGGACAUCAAAUAAAGUCAACCACAUAAUGUGUGUGGUUUUUGUUGUGUUCGUGGCUGUACUUGUCAUAUUAGUUGGUGUCUUUAGGUUGAUGUAAUGGACAUAUAUAGGUGUUUAUAUAUAGGUGUUUACAUCUAUAUGUAUAAUGUUUUUGUUAUGUUUUUGUCAAUUCCCAAUUGUUGAAAUGCAAUGCAUUCCAUUUCUAGGUAACACAGUUUCUAGGUUGUUUCAAUUGCAU